AUCUGCUUAUUCCUACAUUAAGUCUUAACAUUAAUAAUUAUUAUAAUAUCUUAUUUACAAAUAUCUCAUUUAAGAUUAUUUGGAAAGUAUAUUAAUUGGGUAAAUAUUUAUUUUUUUAUUUUAAAUUAACUAAAAUAAAUAAAAUGGAAAAUCAUCGAUCAAUCAAUAAUAUUUUUUAAGACUUUAUAUGUGAGAAAAAAUCACUUAAAUAAAUUCUUGAUUAGUAUAUAUAAGGAUUGUAAUACCUUUUAUAUAAAUAUGGUGCUUUACAUGAUAAUAUAAAUUCAUUAUAUUGAUUUCUAUAAUUGUUUUUAUUGAUUAUUUUAUAUAGUUUAUAAAUAAAAAUAAUUGAUCAAAUAUGAUCAUCUUUCUAUGAUUUUGAACAUUAUUUGUAACACCUUUUAAAGAUUAUUUGGCUAGUGAUGUUAAUUUUUUUUCUAAACUUACCUUCUAUUUAAAACUAACAAAAAUUAUAAUUGUCGACCAAUUAAAUUAUAACAACUUUCUUAAAUUUACCUAUGAACGAUACGUAAAACAAAAUCACUUAAACAUCAAAUUAACAUAUAGAAGGAUUAAACUGAUCAACCAAUCAAAUUAAAAUAUAUUUUUUUAAGAUUUGGUAGGGGGAGCGUGUAUUUAAUUAAGAGUUUGAGAUGAUUUGUAUCAAAAUGACAAAUCCGCUGUUAUUCAAAUGUAGAUUUUAAAACACUUUAAAAUCCAGUGUUAUUGAACUUGUAAUUUCAUAAAACAUUUUGAAAUCCACUGUUCUUUUAACAAAAUUUAAGUUGAAGAUUUCUAAGUGCUUUAAGUCUUUUUAGAGUGUUUGAGAGAAGUUUCUUAGUUAUAAAAGUAAAAAUCUAAAUCUCGUGGUUUUUGAUGAGAUUUUAGAGUUGUCUAACAAAAAUCACACCAAAUUUUCAAAUUUCUUACGAUCAUCUAAAACCUCGUUAAAAAUCAAAUCACUUUAAAUUUCAGAUUCUCAAAUUUAUCUAUAAACAAUACAUAAUCCAAAAUCACUUAAACAAUUUCCUUUUUAAUAUAUGAAAAGAUCUCUAAACAUUUUUUUUAAUUUGCAUGAAAACCUCAAACAAAUAUUUAUUUAAUGUGCACUUAUUUCAAAAAAUCCAUGCUGGAUAACAUCAAAUCCAUAAUCUUGAUCCUUAAUUAAUUUAAUAAUUAAAGCUUUCGCACACCUAUUAUAAAACCCACUAUGUAAAUGUCUGUAUGUUACACCAAAAAUCAAAAUAAUUCGAGAAUUAUAAACACAAAAACAAAAAGAAAAGAGAAAUGGAAAAGUCCUCAACGUGUUCAUCUACUUUGAAAGAUACACGCGAAGCAAACAAAACAUCUUUGUGGAAGAUAAGGAAGGUCUUAACGGAGAAAUGUGAACGUUGGAUUUAUUUUGAUAACAACAGUGAUGUUGAGAACUAUAUUUUGAAACCUUUGUGCAAGUCGAUUAACUUACUUAAAAGAGAUCCUAUAAAGAUCAAGAUCGACGAUUACGAUAUGGGGUACCAGGACGAGGUAAUUUUCGGGUAUAAUCGUGAAUCUGAUAAAUUUUAUCUUGGGAAGAAUAUGUGGAGGGUGAAGGAGCUUGAUGUUGGAGAUGAAGUUGGAUUCUUCUACGAUCCCAUUGCAAAGAAUAUGUGUUUCUCUGUGUUGAAACAAGCAAAACCCUGAUAAUCAAUCAGUACUUGUUUAAUUAUGCUUAACUAUAUAAUGUUGUUUAAUUAUGCUUAACUAUAUAAUAGCCUUUAUAUUAUUUUUGUUCAUAAUCGACCAUACGUUUUGUUUCGUUAACUUUCAAGCUACAUAUAGGUGUAGAAACCUUUAAACCUUAACCAUUAGACUAUGGUGCUUUCACACUACAACGUUUAAAAAAUAAGUUUAUCUUCUCAACCAUAAACUUAUGUUUGGUACUUAUUUUGGUCUGAGAAUUUCAUUAUAGAAAUAUUUAGAAUUGCAAAAAUCUUGAUUGAAAAUUACGAAACAACGAUUGAAAU